AUCCUUGCUACUCUCAUUUUUCUUCCAUAAAGAAAACGGGCGACACUUGGUGUAGAUCUCCUUAAUAUACAACAGUCUAGUGGAAUAAGGUUGAUUAGAAAACCAAACGGGAAUUAUGAAUAUUCGUUUUACAAUCGUGACACUUGCUCUGCUUGUUCUGUUUACAGAUGCAGCUGUCGUGAGAAAUAAGCGGAGUUUCAAAUCGUAUUUUGAAAACUACCUCGAUGAAAUGGCGACAAGUGCUUGUGCUGGAAUGGCAAAAAAAACAGGCGUUUAUAUGGGAGUGCGUAGAGCCUGUACGAGUGGAGCAACCUGCAAACGCAUAUGCCAAUCUUUGAAACUCCUUGGAAGACUUCCAGGCGGAACUCGCAAUUCGGAUUGCGUGGAAUCAUUUCAUGUGUACGAACGUCAGCCAUCUUUAGCUGACAGUAAGUUAAGUGACACAGACGUGAAUAAAAUUGGCCAGGCAAUUUAUCGUUACAAGUCAUGUUAUGCUAAUGGUUGUGGACCAAAUUACUGCUGUUGCCGGGGGUACUAUUGAUACAUGAAGUUUAAAACUAUAGAAUGGAUUCAAAUAGUGAUUGAUUGCAUAUAAUUUCGUUCAUGGUGAUGAAUUAAUAAAUCUUGAUCAAAAGUA